GGGUAGGUGGAGGGGGUUGGGUGUAGUCCGAUACACGCUCGCUCAUCCGAAAAGGAGGAGAAACAGCCGAGAAAUCACCAACUCAAUCAUGGGGGGUAAGUACUGUACUCUCCUCUCUUUGCCUUCAAGAACGUAGCGCCAUGAUCAAUCUCGAGCUUGACGUUGUAAUCAUUGAUAAGGUAAGCGAGAGAAAGCAGGUUGAACUUAAGCUUGGGCACAUACAGCACGUUGUCCACCAUGACCUUCUUCUUGCCUUUGUUGAUCUCUCCACAGGUGAACUUGACGCAGCCGACACCCAUUGCUGGUGCGGUUGAUUCAUUCGCCAUGAUGACGUUGAUGUCGUGAUCGAGUGGUUUGAUCUCGUCGAAAAGCUGCUCCUCAAAGCAGCAUGAUCGCACUGCUCCGGUGUUCAUCAUCAUUGCCGUAGGUGAGGAUGAAGACACACCAUUCACGUGCACCACCUCAUCAGCCAGUUCUUCUAUCUCGACUUCUCCAAUCGUAGCGAAGUCCUCAUUUCCUUGUUGCUGUUGUUUUUCCUCUUCGUAGACGUCGAAUUGGUUGGCGUAUUGGCGAUUGGGACGUCGGUCGUUCCGUCUCUCGUUGGCUCGUGCUCGGGUGUUGUUCAUAAUGACGUCGCAUCCUUAUCUCGUCAUUCUGUAGGGCGCCAUGUUUGCUGCUGCUGCCCUC